UUGAUUUGUUACCUAUAUGCUUUAAUUUGUAAUUGCUGUGCGCCUAGUGUUUGUAUGAGUGUAAAUUCGUGUCGCACGAUUCAAGUUGGAACCAGACCUUAAUUGCAUGUAAUAAGAACUCAUAUAUGUCGGUUUAUGAUCGAAAUAAAAAAAAACCCUCGGCAAGUAGUAGUAAUGGGCCAGUGUCUUUACUCGGCUUGCGCAAUGUUAUAAAAAAGUCAUACCAUGGUGCGAACAAGUUCAGUUAUUUACCAACUGAAUUAGCGAAACGCAUUAUUGAAUUAAAGUUCAGUUAUUUUGAGGUUACGUUUAUGAGAUUUGAAAUUUAGAAAUGAUUAAGUUGCAUUUUGAAAAGGGAGCAAUAUUCGUUUUCGAUGUGGAUGACUGGUGCGAAAUCAGAAAUACGCACAGAAUAGUAGGCCAAGUCGUGGGCAGCACUUCAUUUAUUCCUUCACUUCCUUUGAAAUUACUACCAGAAGAGGCAUUUUUGUUGCUGAACAAAAAUAUUGCUACUUUACAAGAGAUUCGUUAUAUGAAGAGAGAUAGAGAAAGAUUUAAAAUUUUCGAGCAAAAACUCUUGGAACAGCAACAAAUUGAAUACAAACAGGUUAGGAAAGUGCAACUGGAAUCGCUUAUAGAUAAGAUAGUGCAGAACAGAAGAAAAAUAGGCGACCUUCGUUCGAAAGAAGAAAUUUUCGAGGAGGAGCUCGAAAAGUCCAGUCAAAUCAACAGAGACAAUAUGAUAUGGCCAAUAUUUUUAAAACGAGAUGGCGAAUCCGAAAGCCAAUCGCUGAGCGCCGAAGUAGUGUGCAAAUUCACUUCAGACCUUAAAAUAAAAGUGUUUAGGGAUUUGUGGGAACGGGGCUAUUACAUAACAAACGGGGAAAAGUUCGGCGGAGACUUUUUGGUGUAUUUUGGGGACCCGCUUGUGUAUCACGCAGUAUUUAUUGUGAGGUGUAUUGAACGAGAAAAAUUAUUAACUCCUGCAAAUUUAGUGGGUUUCGGUAGAUUGGGCGUUUCGGUAAAAAAGAGGGCCGUUUUAGCUAGUAUCAGUGAAAACCAGGUGCGUUACUUGACGAUAAACUGGAUAGACGCCUGA